GAUGGAAGGGGCGGGCUCUGGAGAAAAGAUUGGCGCGGGGCCAGCCAAUGCCGUUGGCAGACGCGGCUGAUGCUCCACGUCGGCACCGGGGCGACCAAGAUGGAGGCGCUGAUCCUGGAGCCAUCUCUCUACACUGUGAAAGCCAUCCUGAUCUUGGACAACGAUGGAGACCGUAUGUUUGCCAAGUACUAUGAUGACACCUACCCCACUGUCAAGGAGCAGAAGGCCUUUGAGAAGAACAUUUUCAACAAAACUCACCGGACAGAUAGUGAGAUUGCUCUCCUAGAGGGACUGACAGUUGUUUACAAGAGCAGCAUUGACCUGUAUUUCUACGUCAUCGGCAGCUCCUAUGAAAAUGAGCUAAUGCUAAUGGCUGUGCUGAACUGUCUCUUCGACUCACUCAGUCAGAUGCUACGGAAGAAUGUGGAGAAGCGAGCACUUAUGGAAAACAUGGAGGGCCUUUUCCUGGCAGUGGAUGAAAUUGUGGAUGGCGGGGUGAUUCUUGAGAGUGACCCCCAGCAGGUACUACAUAGAGUUGCUGUGCGGGGAGAGGAUGUCCCUCUUACAGAGCAGACAGUGUCACAGGUGCUGCAGUCAGCAAAGGAACAGAUCAAGUGGUCACUACUGCGAUGAGGAGCCACGUGGGAUCUCCCCCAUUAACCUACUGUGUCCCCAGCUGUCCCCUCUUCCCGUCUGUUUCGCACUGACCAAAAUGCAACAUGACCACAGUUUUUGAUGUA